GCUGCGCCAAGUUUGAAUUCGGACGUUCCUGUUUCGGUGGCGGCGGAGCUGGUUGGCUUCCCGGGGGAGUCUGAGCUUGUUUUGCGCUCCGUCGGGGCUUCCGUGUUGAAGGUGCUCAGGAUGUCUUUAUCACAUUUUGCCAGUCGUCACCGGAAGGAUUUCAGUACUGAAAUGAUUAGAACUAAAAUUGCUCAUAGGAAGUCACUCUCUCAGAAAGAAAACAGAUACAAGGAAUAUGAACGAAAUAGACACUUUGGUUUAAGAGAUGUCAACAUUCCAACCUUGGAAGGUAGAGUUCUUGUUGACUUACAUGAGACAUCCCAAGACCUUAUGCCAGAAAAGGCCAAUCUCAAGCCAAAGCCAGUGAAAAGUGUUUUAAGUGAUGAACGAAAACAAAUGCUCCAGAAAUACAAAGAAGAAAAGCAACUUCAAAAAUUGAAAGAACAAAGAGAGAAAGCCAAACGAGGAGUGUUUAAAGUAGGUCUUUACAGACCUGAUGCUCCUGGCUUUUUAACAAACCAGAAAGCUAUGAAAACUGAGCCCAAGAAGGUUAUUCCAUCUAAUGUACGAAUUACAAGAUCAAAGGCCAAAGACCAAGUGGAGCAGACUAAGAUUAAUAAUGUGAGUGAUGUUCGAGCUAUCCAGUCUGGGCAAAGACAGACUUCUGAGAAGAAAGUGUUGGACAAAGAGAAAAAAAUUGUGCAGCCGGCAGCAUCCUCUUCAGUGAGGGCAACUCGAUCAGCUUCUCAAGUGACGAAACAGGUUGUCAGAACAGUUUCAUCUGCCACAACUCGAAAGCCAGUCACCAGAGCUACUAACAAUAAUGAACCAGAAAAAAAGGCACCAAAUAAAGGAAGAACUGACAAAGAGAUAGAAGUAAAACCUGACAAGGUUCAUUGUUCUAAACUUGAUAGUGUAACAAAUGGACUGGAUCUGCAUGAAGUCUUACCAAAGAUGGAAAACUUAACUAAGACAAAUCCUGCAAAAGUGAAAGGGAAGAAUUCCUUUGCACCUAAAGAUUUUAUUUUUCAACCUCUGGAUGGUCUGAAGACCUAUCAAGUAGCACCCAUGACGCCGAGAAGUGCCAAUGCUUUCUUGACACCCAGUUAUCCGUGGAACCCUUUUAAACCAGAAAUUGAUGACACUCAAGAGGCCACCAAAGACACCUUAGCACAGGCAUGCGUGCCAUUCUCUACAAAUUCAGUGCCACAAGAAUUGAGUAAUCCACAGUGCCCAUUGGAUUCUCUUACUGUUUGCAGUGAAGAACAUGUCUUAGGUCAAAAUGGAGUUACUACUAAGAAUUCAAAUUGCCGAUCAAUAGAAGUCACACCAGUUGAAGUAAAUGAAGGUCAGAUGUCACAGCCACCACAUGAUGUUCCUUAUUUCAGAAAUAUCCUCCAGACAGAAACUGAGAAAUUAACUUCUCACUGCCAUGAAUGGGACAAGAAGCUUGAACUGGACAUUCCAGAUGAUGCUAAAGAUCUUAUUCGCACAGCAGUUGGUCAAACAAGACUCCUUAUUAAGGAAAGAUUCAAACAGUUUGAAGGACUGGUGGACAAUUGUGAAUAUAAACGAGGUGAAAAGGAGACUACCUGUACAGAUCUGGAUGGAUUUUGGGAUAUGGUUAAUUUUCAGGUAGAAGAUGUACACCAAAAAUUCAACAACCUGACCAAACUUGAAGAGUCUGGAUGGCAAAACAAUAACACAGAAAGCAAAAAAGUUCCUCGGAAAAAAACUGUCCCAGGAGUAGCAAAUAAGCCAAAACAGAAUGAUAGUGGACGAAUUGCUGCUAGGAAUCGCCUUGCUGCCAUAAAAAACGCUAUGAGAGAGAGACUUAAGCAAGAGGAGCACCCCGAGGCAGCUGCUGCUGGGAUACCAAAGGAAGUGGACACAAUAGUGUUCGAUGCUGGCUUUUUCAGAGUUGAGAGUCCUGUCAGAUCAUUCUCAGCACUUUCCUCAGAACGUCAUUCUCAGAAAUUUGGGACACCUAAGUCUACCAGCAAAGUGAUGGCUGACAGCAGGACUAAAAUGGAUCUUCUGCCACACAGGACACCACUAGAGACUCCUGAUCCCCAGAGUAACAAAAGGGAACAUGUUGAUGUGGCAGUGUUUCCAAGUGUUCUCAAAAGCAGUAACAGCCAAGUAGAAGAUGCUCAGUGCACCAGAUUACACGAGUUAAUUGAAGUAAACCAUGAUGUAAAUAAGAUGAAACUCAAGAUGGAAUUUUUACCCAGUGAAAGAAUGAGUUUGCCUUUUGUUGCUGAUGGAGUAGCAGAUGGUAUUAAUACUAACCAGAAAGAAGCAAUUUCAGAUGUUGAGGAAAGAAUGGAACUAAAUUCUUCAGUCAGUUCACCAGAUGUUUUGAUGGGUAGCCCUGAAAAAAAUGUCCCAUCACAAAAUGACAUCUUACAAGAAGUUAAAGUUUCUCAGCCAGUACCAUUAGACGAAAGUCUCACUUCUGAAUGCCAUCUUGAUUCACCAGGUCUAAGCUCCAGUAAUCUCUACAUUAAUGUGGACAGCAGACAUCAAGAACAUGCCAGAAAUUUCUCCUUUGGUGGUAAUCUCAUUGCCUUUUCACCGCUAAGGCCUUUUGGUGGCGAACAACCAGGAGGAUUUUGAAUUUAAACAUAACUCUUCAAAUUAUCAAGGCUGUGAUAUAUUAGACUGUUGGGAAUUUAGGGAGCAUGUAGUUGUGCUCACUUCUAUUCAGUCCACUUAACGUUGUGUUACACAGUGUUCAGCAGAAAUGUAUUUUAAAUGUAUUUCUCAAGGGAAGUAGGAGCAUUUUGUACACUACCCAUUUCGUCUUGCCUCUUGUUUAAAAUGUGUAUAGAUUAAAACCCAAGCAUUCUUACUUAAAACUUACAUUCUUUAUGUUAACUUAAAUAUUAAACUUUGGCCAAAAUAUUUGUAUUUGCAUCCUUGUAUUAAAUUUUACUCAUUUGUACUUCUGUAUUUGUUGACAUUAAACAUUUUUGGGUAUUGCA